GGAUGUGUGAUUGAAGAACACAUGGAGUGUGAGAUCUUGCAAAAGGAGGCGUACGUCCUUCGCUUGGCGUCAGCUGUUCCCACCAUCAAUUCAGGUAGACAGAAGAAACAAGAGAGGAGCAAAGAAAGACAGAGGACAGGAACACGGAAAGAGCUUCAACAUAGUUUGCAUUGAUGAUCAUAUUGAUCAUGGUCUUUGCAUGAAUGGUUGCACGUAGUGCUCCGCCCUCGAAGCCCAAAGCCUUGAGAGAAAUCAGCUGAACAACGGAUCAUCCUGGCGACGCCCUAGAUACCAGCAGAACCAAGAAGAAUGUGUAGGUUGCCUUUGAAAACGUAUCUGGGGUGCUAUUCCCUGCGAGUUGGAACAUUGGUCACGAGUGCAUUAAUGGGAAGUGUAUUCUUGGUUUGUGGCUUGGGAGGUCUAGGGCUCAUCUUGUCUUGGGAGUCGGUGUACGAGACUCUGGCCAAUUACUUGGGCACUAAUCCCAUCUCGGGGCGAAACGAAAUGCUGGAUGCGUUCUAUCCCGUUUUGUUGUGGAUUGCGACAGGUGCCUUCUUGGCUUACUCGAUAUCCGGCUUUCUUUCCACGCUCGGACUUGCCUGUGGCCAGCUGAAUCCGUGGAAAUGGCCUUCCCAGGUAUUCUUUGGGGCCUCAUUAGUUGUGAUCGUGUUGUGUUUGAUAGGUCAUGUCUACAUGUUCGCCUUCCUUCCCUGGUAUAAAACCCACACCCUCAUUGUCACCGUGAUUUUUAACGCACUCUGGUAUGUGUGGUGGAUCUACUCGAUUGCCAUCGUGGGUUGUUACUUGAAAUCCGGCUAUGCCUCCGUGCAUCAAAUCGGGAACAUCACUGGAGAGAACGAAUUCCUCAACCAGCCCUAAAUAAAUGUUGGGCGGCUUUGCUCAUAUGAGUGAGACUGAGUUUGAAAUAUAUGUGUCAGAUGAAUAAUGAGACAGGACCUGUUCUUCGUCUGUUGCUGGCUGGUUUACCGCCACUGUUCUCGCCUGACUUGACCUUCUGGAAGAGUUUGGCUCCCAGGCAUCGUUAGUUGGUUCGGUUGGCUUCGGUCCGUUGCCGAGGUACUGAUUUUGGCUACUCACUCUGAAUCUCAAUGAACGCACAUCUCGGGAAGGACGCUUUCAAAUAUGACACAACUAAGAUCAGCUAGAUACCGCCAGUCGAUCAUCGUCCAUAGGGAGAGAAAAUGAGUUCCGCCACUGAUCUGGGUGUCGAGUUGGCCGAGGACCCACAGAACAGGCCUCCCCAUCCAGGCCAAAAUCUCAUUCCAAUCCCAAGUAAGUACAACAAAUAUUUCCCCGUGUGGACACCGGAGGCCAUCGAUAACAUCUUCACCGCGUUUUCAUCGUUGUACGCCGUGAUCGUGAUAACCGUGUUUCUGGCAUUCUCCUUCACCGAGAUCGUGACCUUCCCUCACCUGCAUAACCACUUGGAAAAGAGCGGGUUCUUCGUCUACCUCUACACUAUCAGUAUUCUCUUUUAUGGCUAUUUGUUCCUGGUGGUGUCCAUUCGGGACAAGGAAUUGGGAUUGGCCUCAGAGCUCAAAGUGGUCUUCAACCAUAAGAGUCAUGGGAGCUUGCCGGCAAGGAUUGGAGUGGUCUUCUUUGGCUUGGGCACCCUGAUCUACUUCCUGCUGGAGUUACUAGCCUUCUUCGAGUUCAAAUCCGGAUCGCCCUGUCACUAUCCAGCUGUGGGAGCCACAUCCUUCUUGGCGAUCAUUUUUGUGAUCCUGCAAGUCCUGCUAAUCUUUCUCUAUCCCAGAUUGAAUCUUCACACCAUCAACUUUGUGGAUAGGUUUGGCACCAUGCACGUUAUGGCCACGAACAUCAUAAUGUGGCUUCAUUCUUUGGUCAAAGAGUCACUCCACGAAAUUGAAGAGAUUGGACACGAGUUCGAAAUCGGACAUCUCAAUGAGACGUCCGUUCAUCGACAGCGACGUGAGGAAAAAGACGAGGAUGCCUGCAACUUGAUAGCCAGACGAAUGUCAAUACUACACGAUCUCCAUGAAGACUGUCAACCGUACAAAAGCGACAUCAUCGGGAAUAUCCUUGCCAAGAGCUCGCCCUAUUUGUAUCCGUUCGUCAUUGAGUUCGCACUCAUCGGAGCCAGCGUCAUCUUCACCAUGUGGAGACACGUGGACCGAAUGCCUCUGGCGGGUCACAUCAUGUCUCCGAAUGCCACGAAAGUGCACCUGCCUCGUCCAGUCGCUUUCAUUCGCCAAGGGUCGUGGGAUCACUCACGCAAAGGCGUUAUUGGAGGCGUGUUUGCCCUAAUCCUGGCCAUCCUCAAUCUCGGCGUGUUCUUUGGCCUGGAUGGGUUCACCAAUGCCGAAGACGAGUCCGAGUUCUUCUCCAAAUUGACCAAGACCGUAAUCAACUUCCUGGGGAUCAUCAGCCUUUUGAUCGGGAUCUGGCAGAUCCAGAACUUGGACGAUCAGGAAUUGUCUGACCUAACGGAAUCCGAGAUGCGAAAUCUGGAUCUCUCGUUAUUAAGAUUCACCUCGUUCUUUGCCUAUCUCUACCAUGUCUUCACCAUCAUCACCGGCGUCUUCAAUGCCAAUGUCAAGAACUUUCCCAACCGGAUCCACAACAUCAACGGCAUUGUGGCCACAAUUCAAAUCACGCUUCAAAUCAUCUUUGUGUUUGAUCUACGUCGAAAGGAGCUCCCACCGAGUAAAGUGGAGAGCAAGCCGGGUCGACAAAUUGCCAUCUUCAUGUUCUUCCACAACUUGGCUAUGUGGUUGGUGUUCACGUUUGAGAUCCAGAAAGUACGAUCCAGUCUAGUGGAGGCCGAGUUCUAUGGGAUCAUGCCUUGGGUCAUCAUUCAACGAGUCACGUUGCCUUUGACCAUCUUCUUUAGAUUCCACUCAGCCGUAGUUUGCAUGGAAAUGUGGAAGGACACUUAUGAUAAAAGAGCCCCUUUGCAAUGUUAAGAGGACCAAUACACGCUCUCUGGCCUCAAUCACUCGGGUGUGGAGCAAACCUGUUGUUGUCGCAAUAAAGACGUGAAAAAAAAAGAGCCGAAAUAAGACCUACUCUCUGUAUUGUGAAUGAGAUACAUCGAAGUAAGUUGGCCCAUUUUAGGGUCUACUUUCACUCAGCAAUAAAGUUUUCAAAAUAC